AUGUUACAAAAUCAAUCCACCCCACAUACUGAAUUAGAUAUUGAUUCUCAACCAACGUUAGUAGAAGAUGCAAAUAUAAUAUCUGUAAAAAAUAUCAAUGAUCAGGAAGCUCAAACGGUCGAAAAUGAUGGCUUAUUGCAUGGAGUUGAAUUAUUUUUGGUUACUCUUGGUCUAGGUUUUGCUAUAUUUUUAGCCGCAUUAGAUCAAACAAUAGUCUCUACCGCUUUGCCCAAAAUAGCUUCCGAUUUUAAUGGGUUGGAUCAAUUAUCAUGGGUGGCAACUUCUUAUCUACUCACAUCGACUUCAUUUCAACCAAUCUAUGGAUCAUUAGCCGAUAUUUUUGGUCGUAAAGCAACAUUCUUGUUUACAAUUAUUAUUUUUGAAUUUGGCAGUUUAUUAUGUGGUGUUGCUAAUAGUAUGGUUUCAAUGAUAAUAUACCGUGCAAUCGCUGGUAUUGGAGGUGGUGGUAUCAUUGGACUUGUUACGAUUAUUAUUACUGACAUUGUCAGUGCUAAAGAUCAGGGAAAAUAUCAAGGUCUUAUUGGCGCAUGCUUCGGAAUUGCUUCCGUGGCUGGACCUCUCAUAGGUGGUGCUUUUACUGAUCACGUUAGUUGGAGAUGGUGUUUCUUCAUCAAUCUUCCACUAGGUGCAAUAACAAUACUCGCUGUAAUUGUUUUUCUUCACAUGAAAAGACAAACUGGUUCAUUACUCGGAAAAUUUAAAAGAAUAGAUUUUCUUGGCAUUAUUAUAAUGAUUGCAGCGACUGUUUGUCUCUUAUUACCUCUUAAUUGGGGAGGUAGUACUUAUGCUUGGAAUAGUCCUGUGAUCAUAGCGCUUUUAUGUGCUGGCGUUGUUGGUUACAUAAUAUUUGGUCUUGUUGAAAUUUACGUCGCUAGUGAGCCUGUUGCUCCACUUGCUGCUUCAUUAGCAAUAAUCGGUGCUGGUUUAACCACUAUGUGGAAUGAAAACACUGGAUAUGGUGAAUAUUUAGGAUAUAUGUUAAUUGGUGGUGCUGGAAUUGGUAUAAGUAUCCAAUCUCUUAUAUUAUGCGUUCAAGGAUUGGUUGAACAAAAGGAUAUAGCUUCUGCUACUACUUUAACAUUAUUCUUUAGAAGUAUUGGAGCUGUUUUUGGAAUUGCAAUAUCCCAAACAAUAUAUAAUAAUAAGCUUUCACAAGCAUUAAGUACAUUAACUUUACCUCCAACUUUUUCAACAAAUUCUGUAUAUACUAUAAGAUUAUUAUCACCUGAAGAUCAGUCUUCAGUUAUUCACGCUUAU